AUGUCGGGUACAGCAAGACAUGACCGGGAAAUGUCUAUGCAGGCCAAGAAGAACCUGGCUGCUUGCACAGAUCCAUUGGAAAAACUCAGAUUACAAUGUCUUGCCAGGGGCUCUGCUGGAAUCAAGGGAUUAGGAAGAGUAUUUAAGAUCAUGGAUGAUGACAACAGCAGGAGCCUGGAUUUCAAAGAGUUUCUGAAGGGACUGAAUGACUAUGGAGUGAUGAUGGAUAAAGUAGAGGCUCAAAACCUUUUCAGUGUAUUUGACAAAGAUAGUAGUGGAACAAUAGACUUUGAUGAAUUCCUGGUCACAUUAAGGCCGCCAAUGUCCAAUGCAAGGAAAGAGAUUAUCAUGCAGGCGUUUAGGAAGCUGGACAGAACCGGAGAUGGCAUUGUGACUAUUGAGGAUUUACGGGGGGUGUAUAAUGCAAAAUACCAUCCAAAAUACCAGAACGGGGAGUGGACAGAGGAUCAGGUCUUCAGGACCUUUCUAGAUAAUUUUGACUCUCCAUAUGAUAAAGAUGGACAGGUCACAAAAGAGGAAUUUAUUAACUAUUAUUCUGGAGUCAGUGCCUCCGUUGACAGCGACGUCUACUUUAUAUUGAUGAUGAAGAAUGCCUGGAAAUUGUGA